GAUCACACUGUUUGAUUUCUGAGGAGAAUCAAUCAUCCAUUGUUUCCAUUUGAAGAAAGCUCUAACUCUAUCUUCGAAGCUUUUACUCUCUACCUGCUCAUCUCCGGAGAUGUACAAUAACAUGGGACCUCAACCGGGGAUGCCAAGACCUCCAGGAAACCCUGAGCCUGGUCCAUUUGGUAAUCCUUUCACUGGAGCUGGCUCGGGUUUUAUCCGUGGUGGUUUGGGAGCGUAUGGGGAGCGAAUUUUAGGAUCAAGCUCUGAGUAUGUGCAGAGCAAUAUAAGCCGUUACUUCUCUGAUCCGCAAUACUAUUUCCAAGUUAAUGAUCAGUAUGUGAGGAACAAACUGAAGGUUGUUUUGUUGCCUUUUCUACAUCGGGGACAUUGGACCAGAAUAUCUGAACCAGUUGGUGGUAGGCUCUCAUACAAGCCUCCAAUAUAUGAUAUCAAUGCGCCAGACUUAUACAUUCCGUUUAUGGCAUUUGGCACCUACGUUGUUCUUGCUGGCCUUUCAUUAGGACUGAAUGGAAAGUUUACACCAGAAGCUUUGAAUUGGCUGUUUGUGAAAGGAUUGGUUGGUUGGUUUUUGCAAGUGAUGCUCCUGAAAGUAACACUUCUAUCACUUGGUAGCGGAGAGGCGCCAUUACUAGACAUUGUGGCAUACGGAGGCUAUGCUUUUGCUGGUCUAUGUCUUGCGGGGUUUUCCAAGAUAAUGUGGGGAUACUCGUACUACGCAUUGAUGCCGUGGACAUGUCUAUGCACUGGGAUUUUCUUGGUGAAGACGAUGAAACGUGUUCUGUUUGCUGAAGUAAGGAGUUACGAUUCGAGCAAACAUCACUACCUUCUGCUGUUUCUAGCCUUGGUCCAGUUCCCUCUUUUGAUAUGGCUUGGUAACAUUAGUGUUAAUUGGCUUUUUUGAAAUGGUCAUUACGUUUCUUUUUUUCUUCUUCUUCUUGUGAAUUCUUUAUUGGUGUACUUGUAGCGUAACUUGAACGUUCUUGUCGAUGUAUGUUUGUCAAAAUUCUAUUCAUAUGAAUGACGUGAAGAAAGUGUUAUUUUGAACAUUACUGAUUUACUGUAUUAGUCUUUUUCUU